GAAACAGCUCAAAGUCUCUGUGGAUCAUGAACCUCAUUUACCUUCUCCACUGUUUAGCUUAGCUUAGCCAGCCUGCUAGUCUGAUCUGGAGCUGUUUUCUGUUACAAACACCCACAUUGCCCCUGUGUUUUCCAAACGCGUCUAUAAACAUAUAAACAGCUCUGAAAAUGAAAGUGUAGUUCUAUCCGUCCAUCCCAACUCGACAUUAUCCGUCGCGCUGAGUUAAACGGGUCGACUAACUUAGCAGUUAGCAAGCUAACAAGCCGGAGAAGAGAAAGAAGUUUGGACCGGUCAAGUUAAUUGUCUCCUGCGUUUGAAUUGGAUUAUUUUAGUCGUUUGGUUCUUUCAUGUUUCCAGGAAUGCCUGCAGCGUCUCAGAAGACUCACCUGCAGAUCCCGAGCUCAGGCGAGCAGAGCCACUUUUGAUGAGAUUCUGGGAGGACCACACUGUCAAACAGAGGUGAACUCGAGGACAACAGAAUGCUCUGGGCAUGAUCUGUCUAGAGCAUCCAGUGACGAAAAACAAGAAGCCACCUUCACCAAGUCUGAAACACAGAUCUUCUCUACACUGGAUCAGGAGAUAAGGACUCAGAGAGGGUAGAGAAGGGGCGUAAAGGUGUAGGGCAGGGGGCCGCUGGUGCAUGUGGGGGCAGUGCACAUCCCUUGCUGGAGAGUGGAAGCCCACCUCGCCCAUGCAGUCCCCUGCCCAACCCAGUCUCGCCACCCUCUGCAAUGGUGACAUGAGCAAAUGCAUAAAGGAGAAGCCCCAUUUUGACUCAUCUUUUUUGACUCAUUGGAAAAACCAUACAAUAGAUUUGUAAAUAGAGGACUGUGUCUAUCCUAAUUGGUGCGGUCGCAAGGUGAUGAUGCUGAUGUGUGGACGUGUAAGGCGGCUCUUCCGUCAGCUCACGCUGCAGACCAGCCUGCUGCUCCUCUUCCUUUUUUGCAUGGUCAGUGUCCUCAUCUCAGCCUAUUUCCUGUAUGGCGUCAAACGGGAGCUCGAACCAGCUGGGGUCGGAGGUAUGGUGGUCCCAGAAGAAGGUACUGCCGAUUGGGAAGAUCCCCGAGCGACUCCUUCCCCUCCGUCUGCAAGGGUGCUGCCUGCCAGAACCGCCAAACCGGCAGACAUGUCUCGAACUGACCCUGUUGUACUGGUGUUCGUGGAGAGCUUGUAUUCUCAGUUGGGCCAGGACAUUGUGGCCAUCUUGGAAUCUGGGAGGUUUCGGUACCAGACUGAGAUCGCCCCAGGGAAGGGCGAUAUGCCCACACUCACGGACAAGAACCGGGGUCGAUUCACACUGGUCAUCUAUGAGAACAUCCUCAAAUAUGUCAACCUGGAUGCCUGGAACAGAGAGUUGCUGGACAAAUACUGUGUGGAGUAUGGCGUCGGAAUCAUCGGCUUUUUCAAGGCUAAUGAGAACAGUUUGCAGAGUGCCCAGCUCAAGGGCUUUCCUCUCUUCCUGCACUCCAAUCUGGGUUUAAGGGACUGUAGCGUCAACCCCAAGUCUCCACUGCUGCUCAUAACCAAGGCCCGGGAAGUGGAACAUGGCCCCUUACCUGGAGAUGACUGGACUGUCUUCCAGUCUAACCAUACCACCUAUGAGCCUGUGCUGUUAGCUCGUGGACGGAGCACGGAGGCCAGUGGAGCGUCCGGACCCCUUCAUGCAGCCGUGGUUCAGGAUUUGGGUCUUCAUGAUGGCAUCCAGCGGGUACUCUUCGGCAACAACCUGAAUUUUUGGCUGCACAAACUGGUGUUGGUGGACGCAGUGAGUUUCUUGACUGGCAAACGUCUCUCGCUGGCUCUUGAGCGCUACAUACUGGUGGAUGUCGAUGACAUCUUUGUUGGGAAGGAGGGCACACGGAUGAAGGUUUCUGACGUCAAGGCACUUCUAGAGACGCAGAAUGAGCUCCGAACCCACGUGCCCAAUUUCACUUUCAACUUGGGAUUCUCUGGAAAGUUCUUCCAUGCGGGCACAGAUGAGGAGGAUCUUGGAGAUGACCUGCUUCUGUCCUACAGUAAAGAGUUCUGGUGGUUUCCCCACAUGUGGAGUCACAUGCAGCCACAUCUCUUCCACAACCAGUCUGUGCUGGCUGAACAAAUGCUGCUCAACCACAAGUUCGCGGAGGAGCAUGGGAUUCCCACAAACAUGGGUUAUGCAGUGGCUCCUCAUCACUCUGGAGUGUAUCCCAUUCAUUUGCAGCUCUAUGAGGCCUGGAAGAAAGUGUGGGGCAUUAAAGUGACCAGUACAGAGGAGUAUCCCCACCUCAAACCCGCACGCUUUCGCAGGGGCUUUGCGCACAGUGGUAUCAGUGUGUUACCCAGACAGACCUGUGGUCUCUUUACUCACACCAUCUUCUACAAUGAGUAUCCUGGAGGCUCUAAAGAGCUGGACAAACUCAUAAAUGGAGGAGAGCUUUUCCUCACUGUCCUCCUCAACCCAAUCAGCAUCUUCAUGACCCACCUGUCCAACUACGGGAAUGACCGUCUUGGCCUGUACACGUUUAAGAACUUGGUGAGGUUCAUACAGAUGUGGACCAACCUGAAACUGCAGACCCUCCCACCUGUACUGCUGGCACAGAAAUAUUUCCAAAUCUUCCCUGAAGAGAGGGACCCCAUCUGGCAGGACCCCUGUGAGGACAAAAGACAUAAAGACAUCUGGUCUAAGGAGAAGACCUGUGACCGUUUCCCCAAGCUGCUUAUCAUCGGACCUCAGAAGACUGGAACUACUGCUCUCUAUCUGUUUCUGGGCAUGCAUUCCGAUUUGACCAGUAACUACCCCAGCAAGGAGACCUUUGAAGAAAUCCAGUUCUUCAACGGCCGAAACUACCACAAAGGCAUUGACUGGUACAUGGAGUAUUUCCCUCUACCCUCCAACACUAGCUCAGAUUUCUACUUCGAGAAAAGUGCCAACUACUUCGACUCUGAGGUUGCGGCCCGGCGAGCAGCUGCUCUUCUGCCCAAAGCCAAAAUCAUCACCAUUCUUAUCAACCCCGCUGACAGAGCCUAUUCCUGGUAUCAGCACCAGAGGGCCCAUGAUGAUCCUGUGGCUCAGAAAUACACAUUCCAUGAUGUCAUCACUGCUGGCCGGGACGCGCCCAUCAAACUGAGGGUCCUGCAGAGUCGUUGUCUGUUGCCCGGACUUUACGCCACACACCUUCAGCGUUGGCUCACACACUAUCACCCCAGUCAGAUCCUGGUCCUGGAUGGACAGAUGCUGAGGACAGAACCAGCUUCAGUGAUGGACAAAAUCCAGAAGUUUCUAGGCCUGACAAAUACGCUCAACUACCACAAGAUCCUUGCGUUCGACCCGAAGAAGGGCUUCUGGUGUCAGCUGCUAGAUGGAGGGAAGACCAAAUGCCUGGGGAAGAGUAAGGGCAGAAGAUAUCCUGACAUGGACAUUGAUUCCCGGACCUUCCUGAGAGAGUAUUACCAUGAGCACAACAUCGAGCUCUCCAAGCUGCUGUACAAAAUGGGCCAGCCGUUGCCUAGCUGGCUGAGGGAGGAGCUACUCCACAGCAGGUAACCUGAGGAGGGGGGUGGGGACACACAGGUCAGACUCGGACACCCCUCCUUCUGCUCUUAAGCGGACUCGCCCUCUUGUCCACCCCUGUCAGCCGCCGGCCACGGUCGGUCAAGUCUUCUAGAGGACACGGCGGAGCGGUAAAGAAAGAUGGGCUCGGACGCGCUGGCGGCUCUGUUCCGUUUUGGAGAACAGCGAUGUGCCCAGGAUAUAGCCUUGGGGCACACCUGCCACAAAUCUCGCUCGGACAUGGGAUCACAACGGGAGGCUUCCAAAAGACAUUCUCUGGUGUGUUGAAGUACCAGGGAGACGUAGUGUCAGAACAAAUGGACAUGCAAUAUGGGAGAGGAGGCACAUAUCUCUUUUGACAGAGCUAUAGGACACACACAGAUAAAUAAGUGCCAGGGUGGUACCUAAAAGUUUGUUUUCUUGGUUAAAUCUCAUUUUAACACUCAUUUCAAGGCUGUUCGUCUUGUAGUUUCACUCUUCUGUUUUUUAUUAUUAUUUCAUAGGAUAUCGAGCCCAUUCGUUACAGCUGCACCCUCCGGGCUUAAAAUGUGACAUUUAAAGGUGAAAUUUCAUUACGAUGUAUUUAUGGCUAUUAGUUGCGAAUCCCCAGGACAGCUUGAUAAUGCGUGAUAAAUUGUGGUACUAAAACACAGAUAAGCUACAUCCAUAAUCAAUGUGACUGUAAAUAUGAAACUGUAAAAAAAAUUUGGGUACGUCGUUGUGCAGUAACUGCCUUAAUGCAACUUUAUCAAGCCAAUUACGGUUAAAUUCACUGAAGUAUACAAGCUGACGUGUUUUGAUCGAUUUAUUUAAUCGUAAUUCGAAUGAUGAAUGUCCCUGUGAGAACUGGACCGACCCAUGUGUUAUUUUAGCAUUAUGUCACAAAUCUCACCGGAGCAUUAAGUAAGGGGAUUGCCGUUUUAAUAGUGAUUCAUAAAACCUGCCUGACGGUAAUCUUUUAUCACCUGUAUUUUUUUUUUUAUCUUUUUUUAAUGAAUGUUUUACCCAUUUUUCCUUUUUUUUUAAAGUGAUUUGUUUUAGCAUAUCACAACAUCUAAUCACUUUUCAUUCAGGGUUGUCAUCAGAAUGUGUCCUGGAAUGUAUUUCCUCUGCCAAGAGACAUUUUAUGACUUGUGUUCUGUAGGAACUGUUGACUGCUACUGAACCGUAGGAAUUACACCCAUGAAUGUAAGCAAGGAAUUAGGAUGCUAUAUAACAGACAAGAUGCCUUUUCAGUGCAGGCAUGGCGAUCCAUGGAAAGCUCCACAAAGCCCCUUAACCCAGUCCCUGGAGCUGAAUUAAACCACUGCGCUAAUGGAUUUCAUUUCUCUCGCUGCCGAAAUGAGAAGUCAUGGAACGAGCCCAAAUCUCAUUUUAUGUAUAACAUAAAAUUAAUUGGAUUUAAUUUGGCUCCCUUCUGUUUUUAAUGUGUCUUUCAAAGGGUUUUUUGUGCACUUUCUUCCAUACUUCUAUGCACAAUCACAUCAGACUCACUCUGCGCAGCAUAUAUCAGUCUCCUCUAACAGCUGUGAGCGUCGAUUGACUUUUGGCGGUUUGAUUCGAGUGCAUCCGUCGGUCACGUGUUUCACGAUGAAAAGGCGCCAAAAAGUACAAUGUUUGAUGAGAAAUCACCCCUGCUUUAGGAUGGAAGGGGUCUGGCAAUAUUACAGUUGGAGAAGUGACAGUAUCUCAGAGCGUUUAUUUUCUAUAAUAUAGAUCUUAUUUGUAAAAAAAAAAAACAACUUCAUUUUCUUCAUUGACCUCAAAGUAUGAUGCUUGAGAAGCACAAUAUUUGUGACCAAGCGUACAAUGCCAGGAUAUCACUUCCCACAAAUGUUUUGCGACAGUCCACAGGAAGACUUUUGUGUCCACAGAGCAUCUUUGUAUUACCAGUGGCUUUUACAGAUAGUUUUACUGGGUCUUGGUUGAAAUAGAAGUAGUUUACUACUGUCUGCGGUACAGAAUCAUGCACCUUACAUGCUGCUUUCGGAUUCUUCAUCAUCACACACAUGGAAAAGUUCAUUUACUCUAUAUCGUUUUGUAUUUCUGCUCCCAAACCCACAACUGACAUCUAAUAAUAAUGCAAUAUCAUGUUUCCUGGUUAAAUGGGAUGUUUUGCACCAAGCACAAAUUCUGUCACAGUGUACAGAACCUGUUUUGUUUGUUUGUUUGUUUGUUUGUUUGUUUUUUUGAGUGAAUGGAACUGAGAGAAAUUCUAAAAUAUGAAUGAACUAGUUAUAAUUUUUUUUAUACAUCGACACUCACAGACGUGCAGAGGGUCCCAAUGACUUUCACACUGCCAAUAUUGUGCUUUCUGUAUCAUAAUGUAGGGUAUCAAUCGGUAGAAUAAAAUAACUGUAAGGAAAUAAUCAUCUGGACUGUACAAUCAAACCUACUGUUGUUAAUAUUUUUUAUUGUUGGUAGCCAAUAUUUUUGUGAUUAAUUUGCAAAUAAAGAAACCACUGUCUUUUUAA